AUGGAUCAGAAAAGAGCAAAGAAGCAGACUCUUGACACCAUGCCAGAAGACCUGCGCAUGGUCAUUGUUUCUAAGGUGGGGGCUAGCUCUGCAUUGGACUACUUCAAUGCGAUCGUCGCGUCCAAAAGCCUCUACUUUCGUUUUGACAAUCGCUUUAUUGCUAAGGUUCUCAACCUCUCGCCAUUGGUCAAGAAACCAGCCCUAGCAAAGAGACACAGAUCGUUGAUGGACAGCUGCUUCAGCGCCAAUAACAUUGAUGCUAACUUUGUGACAGGUGUGCUCCAGUACUUCGACUCUCGAAAUCAAUUCUUGGGUAUGCAUCACCUCCGCACAGCAUCAAAGGCUGGUCACCUCCAAGGAAGGUACGUUUAUGGAGUUCUCCUCAUGGCCAUCGGCCAAACUGAGAAAGGAGUAAGAAUCAUCAACAAAUUGACCGAUGAGAAGGGUAUUAAAGCAGUGGAAAACUGCAUCAAAGAAUUCCUGCUCUCUCUGGACCGCCUGGACCGCAACGUGAAGGAUAUCUACGUAACAUCCUUUACCAAGAUGAAGCCAGAUCAUCAGUGCCAUCCUCCAGAGAUCAACACAGCAUGCUCAGAAUGUUACCACUUCUUUUUGAUGACCGAGUUCUUUGAGAUGAUGAUAGGUCUCAACUCUCCAGAUCUCUGUGAUCCUUCAUCUCAACAAGGUUCUAAGGACGUUUCCAUUACUAUGGAAUCCGAGCCGGAGAUCAAACAAAGCGACGAUACAUCAGAUGGAGACAGUUCGGACGCAUAA